CAAUGGCCGCCAGCCAGACGGCUGCAGUCGUACAGAUAUGUGAAGGCGAUAAAGAAGAGGCGGAGCAACAGCAGGAAGCCGAUGAUGAAGCCGAUGAGCAACCGUCGCAAGAGCACGAUGUCGAGGCCGUGGUAGAGAAGGGUAGCCAGGAGAAGCUGUCACCAAAGCACAAGCAGGAGCUGGAGGAAGAGGUACAGGACAUCAUUGCUUCGGCGAAGGAGAUCGCCAAAUCGAAAAUGGAAACCUCGAUGGAUGGACUAAAGACGGAGGAGAUAUCCUCGAUCAGUCCUGAUGAGAAGAUGAGUAGCACGAAGAAGACGAGUGACACGCGAGACGAGAACGAACUGGAAUCGGCUGCACCCAAGGAGCAUAUUGAGCCACCGCACGAAAGCCACCACGAGGAGCGUGUCUCGGCAACGGUCGAGUCCGGCGCAACAACGACCGCUCCAACGCUCCCCGAAGACGAACGUAUCCCGCUGGAUGAGAUCAAGGAGGAUCUUGUGAUUGAGGAGAAGCACGUCAAAGAGGAAACGAAGGAAGUGGAGGCAACGGCAGGAGCUUCGGCAGGAUCACCAGGAGCGGCCACGGCGGUGGCACCUCCGGCGGUGCCUAGUGUUGUUGAAAAACCGGAUGUGGCAGCCGCGGCCGCUGCUCCACUUCCCAUGGUUUACGAGCCUCUGGAACGACCGACUCCAGCCAAGAUGCAAUUCACUGCUCAGCAGGCCCACAUGCGCGACGUGGUGAAGACACCGGACGAAGUGGCCGAUCUACCCGUGCACGAGGAAGCGGAUCUGGAGGAAGAUUAUGGUGGCGACGAGAAGGACAAAGACAAGGAAAAGGACGACGAGAAGGAUCGUGAUACGAAAGAAAAGCCGGAAAAGCUGGAACGUGAUACGAAGCUAGACGAGCCGGAGGAGCCCAUCGUUGCCAAAGCCACUGCCGAGGCCGCCGCCCUGGCUGGUGCCACGGCGACGACGGCGAUGGUUGCACCACCGACUGCGUUGAAAGAGACUGAUGAAUCAAAGCAACACGAGAAGACUGAUAAGCAGGUAGCGGAUAAGUCAGCUGAAAGUGAUAAACCAUGUGAUACAGUGAAGGUGGCCGGUGAAUCAUCACCGUCGCCGUCGCAAGUGGUACAGGCCGAAGAGGUGAUUGAGAAGAAGGCCGCCGCAAUGACAGCAGCGGGACUCGAGUCUUCUCUGCACCGUGAAAUCGGUGAACCAAAGGAAGAGCGAGACAUCUUGUUGGAUUUAGAAUCACAAAUCAUCACGACCGAAGCUGCAGUGAAGGAAAAGAUCGAGAAGACAGAGCAUGCUCAACAGCUCAAAGCACAAAGGCAACAAGAUCAGUUGCAAGCAGAGGCGGAAGAUGAAAGUACACGGGUUCCUGUCGAGGAAGAGGUGAUUGUGGCACAAAAAGUUAUACCAAAGGUACCGCAACCUCCUGCGGAACCGUCACUGUUGGAUGAGAUCUGGAGCACACCUCAGAAAGCAGAGGAAAAACUGGACGAACUGAAGCAUCUCAUCGAUGAUAAGGCAAAGAGUACGACGGGCGAUCUGGUGACACUGAAGGACACUAUGGUAAAGACGGUAGUGGAGCGCAAAAAUGAAAUCGUUGAUAAAGUAACGGAAGAGGUGAAAGAUGCAGACAGCAAGGUAAAGGAAUCGUUGGCAGACCUCGGUGAAGAAGUGCAAACAAUGACAUCAGAAGCUGCAGUAGAGGUUGUAAAGGCAGUCACCGAUCAGGCGGACGCGGUUAUCGGCGAUUUGCAAGCCAAGGCCCUGGUGGCAGACGAUAAGUUGAAAUCAACCGUGCAGAAGCUGGAUGAAAAAGUGGACGCUAUAGCUGCCGAAGCAUCAAACAUUGCAGCAAAAGCCGACCAAACUCUGGCCACUAUUGAGGCCGAAAAGAGCGAGUUGGAGAAACUGGUCAAAGAUCUUAAGCAAGAAGUAGUAGGACAGCUGGAUGAAACGAAAAAACAGCUUGAGGAUGACCUAGCGAAGGGCGUCGAGAAGGUGCAGGAAAAGGCAAAGGGCGGCAUAAGCUCGUUCUUCGGAGGAAUCACGGAAGGUAUUCGCAGCGGUAUCGAGAAGGUUGCUGAUAAGGUGGAAACGAAGCUUAAGGACAAGACGGAGCAAGUGGAGGCUAAACUGCAGCAUGUUACGGAGCAAAUCGAAGCGUUGAAAACCGAUCAAGUGCAGCAGGUGGCUGGAGUGCAAGUCCAGCACGACAUCGAGCAGGCGUACGAUCGUUUUGGGUAUGAAAGAAGCUACACACAGGAGCUACGCGAAACUCACAUCACCACGGUCGAUUCGCCGAUUGUAGAGGGUGAUAAAUUGGCCGAGCUGAAAUCAUUGGUCAGUAUUCCUCACGAUAUUGAUGAAGACAAAGAGUUGGAAGAGCUGGAGAAUAAUAAGAUGGGUACGUUUGUCAUCGAAGACGUUAAGUACAGCGCGUUUGAAGAUGCGAAUCUGCGUGAGAUAAAGGAAGAAGAGGAAGAAGAUCGUAUAUCUCCUCCGCAAGGAACGGAAAAGCUUGAUCCUACCACUUCGCAACCGCCACGCGCCCGUACCCCAGAGGAUGUUGCCAAAAUCGUGGCGAACGUUGCGGAAGUGCUGAAAUCGGAUAAAGAUUUGGAAGAGAUUAUUCCCGGAUUUGAUCCUCAGGAAUUAGAACGUAAGCUGUCACAGGGUGGUGCGCGCGAAGAGGACGUUGGCACUGUACAGCGGAUGUUGGUGACGGCCAGCAGCGAAGAUGGCGGUGAGGAAACGGUCAUAUGUGCGGAUGGUACAAUCACGUUCUCCAAAUCGGCCACCCCUGAACCAAUGGCUUCGGGAACAACAACUCCUGAGAUUAAGGUGCAAGAAGAGGAUGAAGAUGAACAGGAGGAAUCUGUUCAACCACAGCUUACACCGAAAGCUAGCGAUGUAGCAGCCAAGGCUGAGACCGAAGAAAAAGGAAGUCCGGCAUCUUCUGGUAAAUCAUCGCCAGAUUUGAAAACUUCUCCAACAUCGAUCGAAGAGAAGGAUAAACAUGAGCUGCCAGAAAAGGUUGUUCCUGCACUGGACACAUCGAAAAAGCCAGCAGAGCCGUCUUCAGUGCUGACUGAUAUUCGCAAGGAAUCGUUGAUAGAACAGUACGCUCACAUCGAUGAUACAAGACGCGAGUCAGCUAUCAGUACAUUCAGCGAACGUGAUUACACCAAGGACGAGAGUUCUUUCGUUGAUGAGUGCCGCGAUUCAUCUCGUGCUCAUUCAAUCUCUAGCCAUAUCAGCGAUUUAAAGGAGGAUUCGGCGGACUUAAAAUCUGUCGCCGACUUUCUAAAGGAAUCUGAUGAACGAGAAGAGCAUGUCGCAGAAGUGUUUUCCGAUGAAGUUAAGAUUAAAGAAUUGUCCAGUCCAGAAUCAGUGGCCAGUCAAAAGACAGUUUCUGAAAAAGAACCUCAAGAAAAACUACAAGAAGUCAUUCAAACUCAAUCGAUAGAAAAUAACACAGCCAAACAAGAGAGUAAUAUUGAAAGUUCAUCGAAGACGGCACCAGAUGUGAAAUCAGAACCGCACACACCUCCUGCAAUUAGUGAUAAAGAAGCUUCACGACCACAAUCAGCAAUCGAUGAGAAGGCUCCAUCAGAGAAAUCGGUUGAUCUUAAGGCUGAGUCUAAGGAUGCAUCUCGUCCUGCUUCAGCUGCUAGUGAAAAGGAAGCAUCUCGACCACAAUCAGCGAUCGACGAGAAGGCUCCAUCAGAGAAAUCGAAGGCUGAGUCGAAGGAUGCAUCUCGUCCUGCUUCAGCUGCUAGUGAAAAGGAAGCAUCACGACCACAAUCAGCAAUCGAUGAGAAGGCUCCAUCAGAGAAAUCGGUUGAUCUUAAGGCUGAGUCUAAGGAUGCAUCUCGUCCUGCUUCAGCUGCUAGUGAAAAGGAAGCAUCACGACCACAAUCAGCGAUCGACGAGAAGGCUCCAUCAGAGAAAUCGGAUGAUCUUAAGGCUGAGUCGAAGGAUGCAUCUCGUCCUGCUUCAGCUGCUAGUGAAAAGGAAGCAUCACGACCACAAUCAGCAAUCGAUGAGAAGGCUCCAUCAGAGAAAUCGGUUGAUCUUAAGGCUGAGUCUAAGGAUGCAUCUCGUCCUGCUUCAGCUGCUAGUGAAAAGGAAGCAUCACGACCACAAUCAGCGAUCGACGAGAAGGCUCCAUCAGAGAAAUCGGUUGAUCUUAAGGCUGAGUCUAAAGAUGCAUCUCGUCCUGCUUCAGCUGCAAGUGAAAAGGAAGCAUCUCGACCACAAUCAGCGAUCGACGAGAAGGCUCCAUCAGAGAAAUCGGAUGAUCUUAAAGCUGAGUCGAAGGAUGCAUCUCGUCCUGCUUCAGCUGCAAGUGAAAAGGAGGCUUCACGACCACAAUCAGCGAUCGACGAGAAGGCUCCGUCAGAGCAAUCGGUUGAUCUUAAGGCUGAGUCUAAGGAUGCAUCUCGCCCUGCUUCUGUUGCUAGUGAAAAGGAAGCAUCACGACCACAAUCAGCGAUCGACGAGAAGGCUCCAUCAGAGAAAUCGGAUGAUCUUAAGGUUGAGGCUAAGGAUGCAUCUCGUCCUGCUUCUGCUGCAAGUGAAAAGGAGGCUUCACGACCACAAUCAGCGAUCGACGAGAAGGCUCCAUCAGAGAAAUCUGUUGAUCUUAAGGCUGAGUCGAAGGAUGCAUCUCGUCCAGCUUCUGCUGCAAGUGAAAAGGAAGCAUCUCGACCACAAUCAGCGAUCGACGAGAAGGUUUCAUCGGAAAAGUCUGUUGAUCUGAAGACCGAAUCUAAGGAUGCAUCUCGUCCUGCUUCUGCUGCAAGUGAAAAGGAGGCUUCACGACCACAAUCAGCGAUCGACGAGAAGGCUCCAUCAGAGAAAUCUGUUGAUCUUAAGGCUGAGUCUAAGGAUGCAUCUCGUCCAGCUUCUGCUGCAAGUGAAAAGGAGGCUUCACGACCACAAUCAGCGAUCGACGAGAAGGCUCCAUCAGAGAAAUCGGUUGAUCUUAAGGCUGAGUCUAAGGAUGCAUCUCGUCCUGCUUCUGCUGCAAGUGAAAAGGAAGCAUCUCGACCACAAUCAGCGAUCGACGAGAAGGCUCCAUCAGAGAAAUCAGUUGAUCUUAAGGCUGAAUCUAAGGAUGCAUCUCGUCCUGCUUCUGCUGCAAGUGAAAAGGAGGCUUCACGACCACAAUCAGCGAUCGACGAGAAGGCUCCAUCAGAGAAAUCGGUUGAUCUUAAGGCUGAGUCGAAGGAUGCAUCUCGUCCUGCUUCAGCUGCAAGUGAAAAGGAGGCUUCACGACCACAAUCAGCGAUCGACGAGAAGGCUCCAUCAGAGAAAUCGGUUGAUCUUAAGGCUGAGUCUAAGGAUGCAUCUCGUCCUGCUUCUGCUGCAAGUGAAAAGGAAGCAUCUCGACCACAAUCAGCGAUCGACGAGAAGGCUCCAUCAGAGAAAUCGGUUGAUCUUAAGGCUGAAUCUAAGGAUGCAUCUCGUCCUGCUUCUGCUGCAAGUGAAAAGGAAGCAUCUCGACCACAAUCAGCGAUCGACGAGAAGGCUCCAUCAGAGAAAUCGGUUGAUCUUAAGGCUGAGUCUAAGGAUGCAUCUCGUCCUGCUUCAGCUGCAAGUGAAAAGGAAGCAUCUCGACCACAAUCAGCGAUCGACGAGAAGGCUCCAUCAGAGAAAUCGGUUGAUCUUAAGGCUGAAUCUAAGGAUGCAUCUCGUCCUGCUUCUGCUGCAAGUGAAAAGGAAGCAUCUCGACCACAAUCAGCGAUCGACGAGAAGGCUCCAUCAGAGAAAUCGGUUGAUCUUAAGGCUGAGUCUAAGGAUGCAUCUCGUCCAGCUUCUGCUGCAAGUGAAAAGGAAGCAUCUCGACCACAAUCAGCGAUCGACGAGAAGGCUCCAUCAGAGAAAUCGGUUGAUCUUAAGGCUGAGUCUAAGGAUGCAUCUCGUCCAGCUUCUGCUGCAAGUGAAAAGGAAGCAUCUCGACCACAAUCAGCGAUCGACGAGAAGGUUUCAUCGGAAAAGUCUGUUGAUCUGAAGACCGAAUCUAAGGAUGCAUCUCGUCCAACUUCAGCUGCUAGUGAAAAGGAGGCUUCACGACCGCAAUCAGCGAUCGACGAGAAGGCUCCAUCAGAGAAAUCGGUUGAUCUUAAGGCUGAAUCUAAGGAAGCAUCUCGUCCAGCUUCUGCUGCAAGUGAAAAGGAGGCUUCACGACCACAAUCAGCGAUCGACGAGAAGGCUCCAUCAGAGAAAUCGGUUGAUCUUAAGGCUGAAUCUAAGGAUGCAUCUCGUCCUGCUUCUGCUGCAAGUGAAAAGGAAGCAUCUCGACCACAAUCAGCGAUCGACGAGAAGGCUCCAUCAGAGAAAUCGGUUGAUCUUAAGGCUGAGUCUAAGGAUGCAUCACGUCCUGCUUCUGCUGCAAGUGAAAAGGAAGCAUCUCGACCACAAUCAGCGAUCGACGAGAAGGCUCCAUCAGAGAAAUCGGUUGAUCUUAAGGCUGAAUCUAAGGAUGCAUCUCGUCCUGCUUCUGCUGCUAGUGAAAAGGAAGCAUCUCGACCACAAUCAGCGAUCAAAUCGGUUGAUCUUAAGGCUGAAUCUAAGGAUGCAUCUCGUCCUGCUUCUGCUGCAAGUGAAAAGGAAGCAUCUCGACCAAAAUCAGCGAUCAACGAGAAGGUUUCAUCGGAAAAGUCUGUUGAUCUUAAGGCUGAAUCUAAGGAUGCAUCUCGUCCUGCUUCUGCUGCAAGUGAAAAGGAGGCUUCACGACCACAAUCAGCGAUCGACGAGAAGGCUCCAUCAGAGAAAUCGGUUGAUCUUAAGGCUGAAUCUAAGGAUGCAUCUCGUCCUGCUUCUGCUGCAAGUGAAAAGGAAGCAUCUCGACCACAAUCAGCGAUCGACGAGAAGGCUCCAUCAGAGAAAUCUGUUGAUCUUAAGGCUGAGUCGAAGGAUGCAUCUCGUCCUGCUUCUGCUGCUAGUGAAAAGGAGGCUUCACGACCACAAUCAGCGAUCGACGAGAAGGCUCCAUCAGAGAAAUCGGUUGAUCUUAAGGCUGAGUCUAAGGAUGCAUCUCGUCCUGCUUCUGCUGCUAGUCAAAAGGAAUCUUCACGACCACAAUCAACGGUCGACGGCAAGGAGCAAUUUGAUACAACAUCUGUUUCGUACGAACAUGUUCACAUUGAUGGCAUUUCGCAACAGAAGCAAAUCGUUGAAGAGCAAGUCGUUAUUAAGGAAUCGUUACAAACUUCUUCAUCGGAACAUUCCCGUGCCACAUCGGCCAUGAGUCACACCAGUGAGAAAGUCGAAAUUAUUUCCGCAGUUCAGCAAAAUGUAUCAGAAUUUUUGGCGUCCUCGGACAAAAUGGACGAGACACUUACGUCAGAUGUGCACUCACGUUUUGACUCAGCCACCAGUCAUACAUCGCAAAAAAGCAGCGAAAGUACAAGCACUACAUCUUCAAAGAUUGUUCAAGAAUCUACUCAGUCAACGACCGUUACCACGGAUCUCAGUG